AAAAGAAGUAAAAGGGAUCGGUAACUACAGAGCUGCACAAUGGGUCUUUAUUUCUUCCUCCAGUCAACCUGAACUUCACUGACCUUCUGCGACGAUUGGCCCACCCCGCCGUCCGUCAACAUGCAAGGGUUCUACUCCAAGCUUGACUCCUCCCCCUUAUUAGGGGUGGGGCUUGGAGGAGAAGGUGUUCCUGUGCCCCUUAGCCUGGCUGUGGAGACAGAGAAAGCUCAGGCCCUCCUACAGACAUUUAGCUCCGCCUCUCUGCUGGCCUCCGCCGGCCUGGGGAUGUUCUGUGUGGUCGCGGAUCAUGCCCUCCAGCUGCCAUUCAUUCAGCACCACCUCUGGCUGCGGGCGGUGCUGGACAACGCCACACAUGGAUUGGUGGGGCUGUGGUCAUGGGCGAUUGUGAUUGGACUGAGAAAAAAGAGUGAUCUGUAUGAGGUCCUACUGGCUGGUCUCCUGGCGUCACUCAUAGACUUAGAUCACUUCUAUAUGGCUGGAUCCCUCUCACUCAAGGCUGCUGUGUCCCUCCCCCAGCGCCCGCCCCUCCACUGCUCCUCCCUCAUCCCCAUCCUGUGUCUCUCCUUGCGUUUCCUCAUGUGGGUCGGACGCCUCAAAGACGCCUGGUGCUCCUUGCCGUGGAUGCUCUUCAUCGCCAUGGCAACGCACCACGUCCGGGACGCCGUGCGCCACGGCCUGUGGGUUUGCCCGUUCGGCAACACGGCGCCCCUCCCUUAUUGGCUGUACAUCAGCACCACGGCCACGUUUCCUCACCUGUGCUCGGUCCUGAUGUAUCUCACGGGAACAAGGGAUGUGAUCUCUACCAAACACGGGGUGGCAAUUGAUGUUUAA